CACUCCACCCACAGAUGACUUCCUGCUCUCGUGAAGUAACAUGGCGUUUUGAAAUUGUGUUGAAGAUGUCCUUAAAGCAGAUCACUUUCACUUUGACGACGCAGAGAGAUGAACUGAACUUCAGCUGAACAUGGAGCUGCUUAUGCUCCUUUUAGGGACUGUUAGUCCUCUUAUAUCUGACGGGUUGACUGUGCGUGGUCCGUCUGCUCCUCUGGUGGCUCCUCUGGGAUCUUCAGUGGUUUUGCUCUGUUAUGUUGAUAAACCUUUACCAGUGGAGGAUCUGGAGGUGGAAUGGAGAAGACCAGACUCUGAGACUUUAGUUCAUCUGUAUCAGGAUGGUAAGAGUCAAACAGAAGUCCAGCAGGAGGAUUAUCAGAACAGAGCUAAUUUCUUUACUGAGGAGUUUCAACAUGGAAACUUCUCCCUCCGUUUGGACGAUCUGAGAGCUGAAGAUGAGGGACGAUACACAUGUACAGUUCACAGUCAGCAAGAGUCUGGUGAGACUGUGGUUCAAAUAAACGUUGAUGUUGAGCGUUUGCUAGUAUCAGGAUCAAGUCGCUCUAUAUCUGCGUAUGUUGGUGAAGACGUCACUCUGAACUGCUCUAUAGACUCUAACAUCACACUUCAAGACAUUGAACAGGUUUUAUGGAAAAAAACAGAUGAAGAUGAAGAUAUUAUAGUUCUGCUCUUCCAAGACCAAGUGGUUUUACCAGAGGCAACAGAUGAGCGAUACAAAGACAGAGUUGAGUUCUUCACUGCUGAAAUCCCCAAAUUAAACUUCUCUCUCAGACUGAAGAGCGUCAGAACUGAGGAUAAAGGAGUUUACAUGUGUGAGGUGUUUGCUGGAGGACUUUCAGCCAAUACAACUGUAGAACUGGAGCGACUGGGUUUCUCUGUUUUACACAUCGUGGUGUUGAUUCUCUGUAUUUCUGCAUCUGGAUCUGCUCUUCUGCUCUGCUGCCUGAUCUACUGCAGAUCACUGCAUAAAGGUUUUUUUGGCCAGCAAACGUAUAACCAUCAAUUUAAUCUGGGAUCUUCAGUGGUUUUGCCCUGUCAUGUUGAUGAAUGCUUAUUAAAGAAUAAUCUGAAAGUUGAGUGGAGAAGAAAGGACACUGAGACCUUAGUUCAUCUGUAUCAGGACGGAGAGAGUCAAGCGCAGCAGGAUUAUCAGAACAGAGCUCAUUUCUUCACUGAUCAGAUUCAGCAGGGAAACUUCUCCCUCGGGCUGGACAAACUGAGAGCUGAAGAUGCUGGAGAAUACAUAUGUAGAGUUUACAGUGACCUUUCUACAGUGACCAGGACAGCAGAGACAAGUUUGGAACCACGAUUCAAGGUGAAAGGUUCCUCUGGUAAUAAGACGGUUCCUCUUGGAGGUUCAGUGGUUUUGUCCUGUCAGGUUGACAGAAGUUUGUUAGAGAAACGUCUGAAGGUGGAGUGGAGAAGAGCAGACUCAGAGACUCUGGUUCAUCUGUAUGAAGACGGAGAGAGUCGAGCGAAUAAACAGCACAAAGAUUAUCAUCACAGAGCUCGUUUCUCUAAGAAGAAGAUUAAAGAUGGAAACUUCUCCCUCCGUCUGGACAAACUGAGAACAGAAGAUGCUGGAAAGUACACAUGUACAGUUUACAGUGAGGAGGACCGUGUGCAUUCAGCCGACGCAGAGAUUGAGAUGGGGUUUGCUGUUCAAUGUUCUCGUCACACACUCGUUCCUCUGGGAUCUUCAGUGGUUUUACCCUCUUAUAGUGAUGGACCUUUACCAGUGGAGGGUCUGAAAGUGAAAUGGAGAAGAGGAAACACUACUGUUCAUCUGUAUCAGGACGGAGAGAGUCAAGCGCAGGAGGAUUAUCAGGACAGAGCCCGUUUCUUCACUGAUGAGUUUCAGAGUGGAAACUUCUCCCUCCGUCUGGACAAUCUGAGAGCUGAAGAUGAGGGAGAAUACACAUGUACAGUUUACAGGGGUCGGAGAUCUGUGUUUACAGCCAAGACAAAUUUGGUACCAAGACUACUAGAUCCAGUCUUUCGUCUCCACAUGUCUCUAGUCUUCUGUCCAAAUCUUCUGAUGUUUCUAGCUUUCGUUCUCUGGGGUGUUUCUGAAGGAUCUGUGAGUGAGACGGUGUGUUGUUGUGCUCUUUAUUUUCUGAGACCUCUCCUGUUGCUCUGGGCAGCUCUGUAUAUUAAUACGUUUACAGGCAAAAUCAAAUCCUUGAUUCUGAAAUACAGUUAUGUGGUGGAAUAUUUAGCUCUCUCACUUGUUGUUUAUUCAGCUCUUUUUACAAGUGCUUGGCAAAAGCUUCUGAAUUAUGAUGUGUUUGACAGAGCCGUGAUAAUAGUGAUGUUUGUGAUAGUGUAUGUGUGCUGCCUCUGCAAAAUCACUUACCUUUUAGUUUCAGAGGUCUGGAAGAAAACUGGAUGGAUAGUUACAAUAUUUGAUCUUGUGGCUGAUAUGACCUUUCAAAUUCUGCCCACUUUACAAUUCAUCCUCCUCUUCUACACGUUUGGAGCCGGCGGUGAAGCAGGGAUGAUCAUGGUUGUGGUUUUACCAGUCUUACUGAUGAUGAUGACAAAUGACAGAUGGAUUUAUAGAUGCUAUUCCAGACGUGGGCUCGACUUAUCAGCUUCAGUCGUGAGGACAGUGAUGUUAAUCUUCAUAUUAGUGACGAAUGCACUGAUGAUCGGCCUUUACAUAUUCACUCUGGAAAAUCAAACAGAUCCGAUCGGAUGGGGCUGUGUGAUGGUGUUUCUGCAGAUACUCUGGACCGUUAUGUACUUCACAGAUGCUGCUUACGGUUAUCUCAGGUUGUCUCGAGAUUUCCAGCGUUUUGUGUCUGUGUAUGUGUUUGGAUCAGUGGCUGUAGUUUUACUGAACUCUGCUGCUUUAAUAACUGAACUGAUCCUCAAAACAGUGAACGGUGAUCGUAUGAUGGCAGAUCUGAGGUUCAUCGUCUUUCCUUCUGAAUGUUUGUUUGCUGUAUCUCUGCUGAUUUCUGGAUUCUCAGGAUCCAAGAUCGCAGGCUGUCUGAAGUCUUGUCAGACCAAGAUGAGAUCUACACGAGUCAGAAGAUCAUCCCAGCAGAACCAGAACACAGAGAUGAAUCCUCUGAACGCUUGAGAUCAGGAGCAGAAUCAGCCGGAUUCAGUGCUGGCUCAGACAUGACAGACAGAGAGAUUAUUAUUAUUAUUAUUAUUAUAACACACUGCUGUUUGAUCUGAAUCUCGUGCGUUUACACUGAUCUGCUGAGUUCAGUCUAAUAAUGUUAUUCUCUGUUAAUAUCACUGGUUUUACAUUGAAAGAUCUAUACUUGUGUGUGUGUGUGUGUGUGUGUAAAUAGCUGUAAAUAUAUGCAGGUUGUGUUUAAGUCAAAAUUUUUAUUUUGUAUAUAUGUGAUGCUGAUUUGUGCUUUAAAAACUAAUCCUAGCUGUAAGCAAAUGUCACUCAUGUAGAUGAAUCAGAAACACUGAGAGUGAAUAGUUAAACCUUCAGACAGUAGAUCCUUCAUUAUGACAUUAUCACAUUAUAAAAGCAUUAGGAUACACAGGCUGUUAUUUAAUUUGGGAGGUUGAGAGAUAAAGACAACAGCAUCAUCAUCAUCAUCAUCAUCAUCGUGUUUGGAGUUUGUAUUUCUACAGUGUUUGAAUUAUUAAAUAUUACUCCAGGUCA